UUGUUUUUCGCUUUCCAGGAAUUGAGGUAACUGACUGAAUGUGUAUGAAGUUGAAGUGUGACUGCGAGUCCCAAACGAAUAUGAAUUGAAUAGUUUUUAGUUUGAAACCGGCUUCGAAUGCGAAAGGUGGUGUAUUUUUGUCGUACCGCCACAUCACGUCACGUCUCUUCACGUCGUAGUCGUUCAAUAAUAAUAAUUAAAAAACUAAAAGUAUAUCUGAGGCACCUAUACGCGAAUCGAAACUGAAAGAAGUAUUUAUGAAUUUAUUGCAACACAACAUUCAUUUCAUUUAUAGUAACACACCACACUUCAAAAAAAAACUUACCUCUCUAAACUAGUCGAGCGGAGUGAUUUCUCAUCUUAAAAGAGAUAGGUUGACCAAACGUGUUUAUAAAAUUUAAAUUAACAGAAAGAAAACAACAAAGUAUAAUAAAGUGCACUGAAAUGAAUCAUUUGAUUUUCCAUACUCAAAUGUAAAUUGUAAAUAAAUAAAUUUUAUUAAACUAAAAAAUAAAAAACAAAACAAGUUUCGGAAAUAAUAAAAUACAAUAUUCGUAUUCAUUAAUUAAAAUAUAAUUAUUAGAAAAUUUCACAACCUACCUGAACAUCCCAUAAAUGGAUUAGAGACAAAAUUACCUUCUUCUCUUAAUUGAAUUACCAUACCUACGUAUUAUAGGAAUAACACUUCAAGAAAAAUCGAGAAGACAUAAUGAGGACUCCUAUUCAAAUUGCUUAAGACUUAUAGAGAUAAGAUUUUGAAGGCACUACAUUUCAUGCUGCGUUGAGAUCAUUAAAACAUUAAUAUCAAAAACAAACAAAUAAAUAAACCAGCUUCGAAAUGUCGAGUUCGAAAAUAAUAUUAAAAAUACUGUUCACACUUUGUGUGUGGUCGUUUGUUAUGUUGGGACUUUUCAAAAUCCAUGAUGGUCAGAUGGUGUCACAGGAGUACAUUUCGGUGCCGAUAAAUGGUCGUCUUCUUUUGCAAAAAGAAAAUAAAUACGGAGCUGAUCUGACCUCUACCACAACAGACCGAUAUGAGCCAUUUGAAAUAUUGGUUGAUAAUAGAACUGCAAUGGACGAUGAGCAGCUUGUUCGUGAUGUAGAAUCCCGUAUUCCCUCACUUCCAAUAGCCUAUUGGAGUAAAAAUAAGAACUUCCUGCAACAGAAGUCCUCCACAUGUGCCAAGUAUCCUUCAAUAUUCGAACUAGAAUUCAACAAUAUCUAUUGGCAGACAAUGCGAACUUCCAAUGGGACAUUCCAGUUAUUCGGUGCAUAUUAUGACAUCCGUAAAAGUUCACUUCUGGGGCCAACUGUUCGGAUUUUAGGAAUGAUCGACCGUAUAGAACCAAAAGUAAAAACAUUCUGUCAAUUCUGGUUCGAUGGACAAAAGGAACCAUUCAUUGUGAAGACAUUCGAAUACAAAUACAUUUGGUAUAAUAAAUGGGGCAACUAUAAACAGGGUAUUUACCAGCCAUAUUUGAUUGCGUGUCAAAUUCCAAAACCAUUUCAUGGAAUUGUCCCAUCAUCGGUGUCGAUGGUUGAGAGGGAAUGCGACACUGCCACAAACAAUUUACGAGUUAUUUACAAUCGGCCCCCGGAUGACCAUAAGCGAGGAUUUGCUGUUUGCGUCAAGGGUCUUGAUUUUCUCUAUGACGACCUUUCAGUACGGCUUGUUGAAUGGAUUGAGAUGUUGAACAUACUUGGAGCCGAUAAGAUAUUUUUUUAUAACUUACAAGUCCAUCCGAAUAUUUCAAAAGUUCUCAACCACUAUGAACAAGAAGGAAAAGUUCAAGUCAUCCCACUGACCCUGCCAGGAGGUCAGCCGAAUGUCCCUGGUUUCCAGCAUCUCUAUCUCACAAAGAAAACCAAUCACAAACGCCAAAACGAAGUGAUACCCUACAACGAUUGUCUGUACAAGAAUAUCUAUCGCUACGAUUACAUAGCGCUUCUGGAUAUCGACGAAGUUAUCAUGCCUAAACAUGACGAUAGCUCAUGGAUGGAUUUGAUGCAACGGGUUAUAGCCAAAGCCAGGAAGAUAAAGCCCGAGGGAUAUGCAAGCUAUAAUUUUCGAAAUGUGUAUUUUCUCGACGAUCAUCAACAUGAUCACGGCUGGCACAAGGAUGUUCCGAAGUAUAUGCAUAUGCUGCAGCACGUCCAUCGAGCUAAAAACUACACCAAGCCUAACCAGUACGUCAAAUGCUUUCACAAUCCCGAAAAGGUGCUAACUCUACACAAUCACUUCCCGCUUGCUUGUUUGGGCGGUGUUUGCAAGUCCUAUCCAGUAGACACAGAAGAUGCCCAAUUACAGCACUAUAGGGCGGAUUGUGUCAAGACUUUGCUAAAAUCCUGCGAGCAAUAUCGCGACAAUUCAGUCGAAGACAAAACCAUUUGGAAAUACAAGGACGAGUUAAUUCGACGAUCAGUAAAAACAUUAGAUUUGCUGGGCUUUUUCAAGAAGUCAGGAAACUCGCUCUUGCCAACGUCGCCGAAUGGAUCAACAGAACGGUGAUUUUGGCUUAAUUGGUGGCGAUUAUUACUGACUAAAAUGCGUGAAAAAUACUAUGAACGGAACAAUUUGUGACUAAAAAGCUCCAUAUAAUAAUUUUAUUACAUAAUCAUCACCGUGAUUUUCUGCCUAGAGAAUUUAAUAACAACUUUAUAGAGAAUAUGAAAUCAGUCCUAAUGUUUUUCAGAAGAGUUUCCUAUAGUGGCUUAUGUUAAAGACUUUAUUUGAUUUAAUACUCGUACUGUUUAUUUGGUUGAUGAUGUUAAAUAUGAAUUGUAAUACUAAGCUCAAGGCCUGAGCACGUGCUCCCUUUUACCACCCACUUUCGGUGCUUCAUCUUCACGAGAGCCAACAGAAACUAAAGCACCAAUCACUGUGUUGUUUUCUUUCAACCUUUUUAAAAGUACUUAAUGUGAAAAAUUUAAUUUUAUUGCUCAGAUAGAAAAAUCAAUUUGUGCCUUUACUAUAUUAGAUAAACUAAAAAUAUUAAAUAUAUAAACAUUUCGUGUUAUAUUUAUAUAAAACCUACAUAUAUGUAAGUAGGUACAUUUAUAUUGUUCCUUUUGCUGUUCUCCUUUUUCAAUGAAAUGUUUGUUUAUUUAAAAAGUUUAAUUCCGUAAUUAUAAACCUAAAAAACUACUUAAAUUAAAAUAAUGACAAACAUUAGUAACAUUUAGUAUGAUGAUUACUUUAAUAUUGAAAUUAAUUGAUGAUUUGAAUAAAAUUAACAGACAAUAAACAUUAACACCAGUGAAAUAUAAAUACAAAUUAAUUUUUGAUUAUAUAUAAUCAUGGGCAAAAUUAAAACAACAAUUCAAAUUCAAGUUCAAAUUUGUCUGUUCUCAUUUAUUUUCAAUAUGUUACUUAACCUAUUGACCUACAUUUACCCACAUAGUAUACUCUAAAUUUUAAAUAUAUUAUUUACAUAUCUACUUAAUUCUGAUCAAUUGUUUAUUUUUUUGAAAGAAAAGUUAAUUAUUUAUAUUAAACUUCAACCAAAAGUGUUUAAGUUAAACUUAAAUUUUAAGUUUGGCGUCAGCAAAAGGCUUUAAAGACUGAUGACGUUGCAAAAACGAAAUGAACAAAUAUUAAAUUAAAAAAAAAAAUUAUGUAUACAAAACAAGUGAUUUAAAUAAAAUAUAAUAUAAUAUUUAAUACCUUACCUUAAAAAUUGCUUUCAUGUAAAUAAAGAUGUAUAAUAAAUUUAAGUAAAAAUAAUUAAGAGUAUUUAUUUUAUAAAAUUAUUUCUAAGAUUUAUUUUUCGGGCAAAAUUUCUAAAUUAUUUUGAAUGUUUAAAAAAGUUAUACCACUCACUACUCAAACGAAUUUUUUUAUUUCGUUUAUAAUUUAUUGGUAAAAAGAAAAACUUUUGAAAAAGACAUUUUUGUACGAAAAACAUUUUUAAUUAAAAUUUUUGUCAUGUACAUUCAAAUUUAUAUAAUUAUGUAACUAUCGACGAUUAUUAUGUAACAUAUUCCUAUUUUGCCAAUAAUGAUACAUAUAAUAUUAUUUCAACUUUUAAAAAAUAUCGACUUUUAUGUUUAUUAUGUUUAAACUUUAAUAAAAAGUGGUAAAUAAAGAAAGUAUUAGAAACAAUAGAUCUAUUAUUGACUAAAAGCAAGACUAGUUCUUAGUAUGACGAAUACACGUCCUCCAAGAGCCAAUCGUCGAAUCAUAUAAGCCAUUGAAUUGUAUGCUAGAGAUUAAAAGUGUCAUUUUUUCGAAUAUCGGACUUGGUAAGUCGAGCAGAAAUCAGUCUUGACUUCUUUCUUACCUCUGACUAUGGUAAGUACACUAUUAGUGUUCUAUCUCCUCUAGGCGCAUCUGACCAUUGUGUCAUAUCAGAAAAUUUCGAAACUUUCCUGUUAAAGAAAGAGCUCCUUAGGGAACCGUUUGGCAAUACGAGAAAGCCUGGAACGGUCUCAAUAAUUAUUUAAGAAUCUUUAAAUGGUCUCUAUGCCUAUGAAAUAGGGUUAAAAGCAUCAGACCUAAGCCUGCAACGCCCAUAUUUGACGAACCAAAUUUGUACAUGGCCAACAAUUACGGCAAAAAAUACUGCAAUGUCCCAAAGGCAGUACAAAUUUUUGGUCAUCCGU